GCACUAGUACUGCUCAGCUCACUGCAAAAAGGUAUUGCUCUGGUGAAAAGCCGCAGCCACUCUUCUGCACAUCCGCGAUAACAAUCAAAUCAUCAUCAGCAAGGCUCAUCCCCGACGACAUGUCGGGCCAGCAAAAAAUGAAACUCGCUGUGCUCACCUCCGGUGGUGACAGCGCAGGUAUGAAUGCAGUGGUUCGUUCUGUCGUUAGAGCCGGAAUCCUCAAAGGCUGUGAGACAUGGAUUGUGCGCGAGGGUUAUGAAGGUCUCGUUCGCGGUAAUGUAGACGCACAGAAUGUCAAUAAAGACCCUCCAACUAUACCACUACCUUUGAACGGAGCCGAUGCUGAUCUCAUCAACAAUCUUCGUUUCGGGGAUGGUGAACUUUUGCUCGAUGGCACUGGUGAUCACCCUGGCGGACGCACACUCAUCGGGCGAUAUAUCGUCAGAGUUGGAUGGGACGAUGUCAGGGGUUGGUUUGCGCAGGGUGGGACACUCAUCGGAACGGCGCGUUCGACUGCAUUCAGGACAGUGGAAGGUCGUUUGGCUGCUGCCUAUAAUCUGAUUAAGGAGGGCAUCGACGCACUUGUAGUAUGCGGUGGUGAUGGUUCCUUAACUGGAGCUGACGUGUUCAGGUCUGAAUGGCCUAAGCUUAUUGCAGAAUUACGAUCUCAGGGCAAGGAUAUGUUUUUACCGCCAAGCAAAAUUUCUGGAGAGCAAGUCGCUCGCCAUGGACAUCUCAAGAUAGUCGGACUUGUUGGCUCCAUCGACAACGACAUGUCCAUGACAGAUCUCACGAUAGGUGCUCCUACAGCACUGCAUCGUAUCUGUGAGGCUAUCGACAACAUAAAUUCCACCGCAGCGUCUCACUCGCGGGCUUUCGUACUUGAAGUCAUGGGACGUCACUGUGGAUGGCUCGCCCUGCUUGCAGGUGUCAGUGCUGGUGCUGACUUCAUUUUCAUUCCCGAGCGCCCACCCGAAACCAACCCAUGGGAGGAUGAGAUGUGCGAUGCUAUCAAGCGCCAUCGCAAGGUCGGUAAACGCAAAACCAUAGUCAUCGUCGCUGAAGGCGCACAUGACUCAUUGCUGCAACCUAUUCGUGCAGAGUAUGUGAAAGAUGUCCUUACUGAUCGUCUCGGGCUCGACACUCGUGUUACAACCCUUGGACAUACUCAGCGUGGCGGACGACCUUGCGCUUUCGACCGCAUUCUGCCAACGCUCCAAGGUGUGGAGGCCGUUAAUGCACUGCUUGAGGCCACACCAGAAAAGCCAUCUUACAUGAUUGGAAUUCGAGAAAACAAGAUCACACGCGUGCCACUCAUGGAGGCUGUUGCGAUGACGAGAGCCGUCGCAGAUGCAAUUGCAGCAAAAGACUUUACAAAAGCAAUGUCUCUCCGUGAUCCGGAGUUCUGUGAGAGUUUGGAUGGCUUCUUCUCUACAGCUGCUCUGUACAAGGAGAAACAACUACCUGAAUCGAAGAGAAUGCGAGUUGCAAUCAUGCACAUGGGAGCGCCAGCAGGGGGCAUGAACGCAGCUACACGUGCCGCAGUACGCUACUGUAUUCGACAAGGACAUACCCCGAUUGCGAUCCACAAUGGCUUCCGUGGUCUUCUUAACGACAACAUCCACGAGCUUUCCUGGCUUGGAGUCGACAACUGGACAGCACGAGGAGGGUCAGAACUAGGCACAAAUCGUACUCUGCCUGACGUAGAUCUCGGAGCAGUUGCCGCACGCUUCCAGGAACAUAAUUUCCAUGCUCUGCUAAUGAUCGGUGGUUUCGAGGCAUUUAGUGCUCUGAUGAUAUUGGAGAAUGGACGACAGUAUUACCCAGCAUUUCACAUACCGAUGGUACACCUUCCUGCGACACUUUCGAACAAUGUCCCAUUGACAGAGUUCAGUUUGGGAAGUGACACCAGCUUGAAUGCACUGGUCGACGCAUGUGACUCGAUUAAACAGAGCGCCUCAGCCAGUAGGAAUAGGGUUUUUGUUGUGGAAACUCAAGGUGGUAAGUGUGGAUAUCUGGCAACAAUGGGUGCACUGGCAACUGGAGCAAGUCUUGUAUAUACUCCAGAACAUGGAAUGAAUCUUGACACGCUAAGGGCUGAUGUCAGAUUUUUAAAGAGGCGUUACGGGCUUGACGCCAAAGGUCGAAGUGAAGGUCGCCUAGUUAUUCGUAACGAGACUGCCUCGUCGGUUUACACGACCGAUGUAGUCACGAAGAUGUUCAAGGAGGAAGGUGGUGACCUAUUUGAUUCGCGCUCCGCGUCCUUGGGGCAUACUUUACAGGGUGGAAUACCUUCCCCGAUGGACCGUGCUCGGGCCGUACGGCUUUCCUUGAAGUGUAUGGCGUUCCUCGAACGAUACCACGAUGAACUGCAAAAGCAGCCGUCAAAAGUGAAGCAAGCCGAGCCUGAGAGCGCUGCGGUGAUUACUAUCCAAGGUUCGACAAUCAAGUGGGUCCCUGUGAAGGACAUGGUCCAGCAUGCGGACAUGAAAAAUCGGCGGGGAAAGACUGCAUGGUGGGGGGAUAUUAAGGACUUGGUCGAGGCCCUCGUUGGGAGACCACAGUUGACAUAAAAACAAGAAGAUUGGAGAGCGGCUAGAUCAAUAAACUGGUUAUGGAUGUACUCAUAGAAACAAGGUUAUUGCGUGUGUAUUUAUGUAGAUGCGAUGCUCCACUCAACAUCCACUUGUUUUGGUAGUUACAUUUGAAGAAUCUAUGUUAGACCACAC